AUGCAAAAUCACGGUGAAAUCUCCAUCGACACACCUCCUUCAAAAGAUGCUUGGCCUUCCAGUUAUUAUGGGCGUACUCGUCGCAUUGAUUUAGAGAAAUUCUAUCACGACCUUUUAAAAAAUAGCAACCACGAUGAAAGCAGUAGUGAUGAUGAAGAAGACGAGCAAGUUAACCAUAUUAGCGUAGUUGGUGUAACAUCUACCAUUACAAAGACAAAGUCAACCAAAAAGGUCUCAUUCUCCACAGAACCACCCACGGUGUAUGAAUAUGAGGCAGAAUACGAUGAACCCACAAGAAAGGGUGACUCAUUAUUUGACGAUGGGUGGCCGGGAAGAACAAAGAAGGCAAUGAAGUCUAGUGGAUUUAUUGAUUUCAAGUCUAAAAUUGAGGCUAAAUUAGGAGCCAUCAAUGACCCUUCGUUGAUCUCACAAUUAGAUACGAUAUGUAAUGAGCCCAUCACCACAACAUACGGUGGUUAUCGACAACGUAAAAGUCCGCUUGUGCAGAAGCUAAAUCUUCGCCCAAUCCCGAACAGUGAAAAAUUAGUUCAGCCCAGUCUUUUGAUGGAUGACACCCCUUCCCCUUCCAGUUCAUAUACUGACUCCCCACUCACACCAAGGGAUUCUUAUUCGUUACUUGAGCCUUCUGUUUCUUCUGCUUCUACCUCUUCAAGUAGCAUUCUUUCGCCUGGUGGUAGUAAAUGGUUAAAUCGCACUUUAUCAAGAAUUCGAAAUAAUUCUCCAUCACGAUCAAAAUAA